GCCAGGGCUAGUUUCCAGUCUAAUGGAAAUUUUUUAGUCAAAUGGACAUCAGAAACUUUAAAGUUAUUCUCUUAACUUUUAUCUUUUACAAUAAAGUUGGUUGCAUUUCAAAAGAAUGCUAUCUGCCUGGUUUCCAAGUCAAUGGUGGAAUUAAUUUAGGUUCAAAGAGCGGAACAAGUAUUGAAGAAUGCGAUGGUUAUUGUUCUACUUUUACACUUAGUUUCUACUUCAUUUGGAAGUCAAAUGGUGACUGUACAUGCAAACGUCGGUAUUUAUUUUCAUCUACAAACCUAGCAAUUUCUUCAAUCCACAUUUCUGGAAAAUAUGACUGUACGCCUGAAGAAAUAGAAAAUGAAAUAAUUAGUCUAGAUUGUACUUCUUCAAGCUUUUGCAAAACAAAUGAUGUUCAAUUGGAUGGUGAUAUCAUAGUAGAAGUUGGAGGAGUGAAGAAUGCUGAAGCCUGUCAAUGUUUUUGUAAUGGAUACAGUGAGUGUACAAACUUUUUUUGGGAAGCAAGCGAAUCAUGCUUUCUCAAAAAAAGCUACUUUGGAGAACCUACAACAGCGCCUGGUGUCUAUGGGGUUAAAGACAAGUGCCCAAACAGCUUAACUACAACAAAAUCUACUACCACUACUACAACUACAUCUACUACUACAACAUCAACUACCACUACUACAACUACAUCUACUAUUACUAGUACAUCUACCAACACUACUACUCCAACUACAUCUACUACUACUAGUACAUCUACUACCACCACUACUACUACAACUACAUCUACAACUAUGACAACAACUACAUCUACUACCACCACUACUACUAGAACUACAUCUACAACUACGACAACAACUACGUCUAAUACUGCUCUUUCAGCUACAUCCGCAACAACAAUCACAUCUACCACUGCAACUGAAUUAACUACUACUUCUGAAACAACAACCACUGCAGCUAAGACUGCAAGACCAAGGAGAAGAUGUAGGUUUAUAACCUUGAUUUGUCCUGAAAAAUAUGCCUGAUAUUAUCAGUAUGCCAAAUAAUAUCAAAUAAUUAAUUAAAAAACUUAUAAAGUUAAAA